GAGAGAGAGAGAGACUAAAAAGCAGCCUCGCUUGCUCGGACGCUGCCGUCCCCGCCGUCGCUCGGGCCCAGAAUUUCUGUUUGCGCCCAACGACUGACGAUUCGUCGACGACUGACGAGGGACGACCUUUUGCUGGGAGGCCAACGCAGCCCGCCCUGUGACUCCUGGCCCAUCAGGCACCCAGACCAUGCCCCAUCCCAAGCCCGCGCAGGUGGCAGACUACGACAGCGACGAGGGUCGCAUCGUCUCAGGAACCGAAGUCUCCGCCCAUACUAGCAGGAGUAGUAAGCAUAGACCGUCGUCGUCGUCCAAGCCGCCGAAACAAGGGGGAGGAGGAGCAGCAGCAGUAGCAGCAGGAGCAGGACCAGCAGCAGGAGGAGCAGGAGGAGGAGGAGGAGGAGGAGAACGAGCGAGUCGGAGUGCGACGCCGCACGUCCCAGCAAGUGACUCAGGUUACUCUUCGACUCCGGCGGCAGACACAAAGCCUGCUACCUCCACUGCUACUGCUACUGCUACUGCUGCCGCCGCCGCCGCCAAUUCCCCCGCAAAGCCCGCGCAAAGCACUUCGUCACCGGCUGUAGCCCCGAGUCCCGUCAAGUCUAAACCCAUCAUUCAUCGCCAGGACAGUGCACGGAGCACCACCAGGGCCGCCACCAUAUCGAACACUACUGCAAAGCGAAAGGACCAUUGUACGGACCCCAACUGUCGCGACCCCAACUGCGACAGCACUCGCAAUCUCGAGCGCCGCUACACCAACCCCAACCGCGAACAUCGCAACUCCAUGUCGGCCGCACUGCCGCCCGCGCAGGCUCAAUACCACUACUACCCACAACAACAACAACAGCAGCAGCAGCACGACUAUGCAGCCAUGCCGCCUCCCUCUGCGAUGCCUUUGGCGCGAAGGGAAUCCAUGGUCCAUCCUCGACCUCACAGCCUUCAUAUGCCACACGUUUCCGCGGGCCUGCCACUCUCCUAUCCUGUAGUCCAUCCGGGUGCUACUCCUGGUUAUGGCUAUGGGCACCCACAAGCCUCGUAUGCUCCACAGCAACCAGUGGUAUACGGGACCGCCCCGCCGACCCAGCAAGCUGUCUACCCACCACCUCCAUCUCCCGUCAAAGCGGCCGUUCCAUCUUCACCUCUGACGGGCACGUAUCCGGGCUAUCCUGGACAGCUGGGAAAGAUCUCUGCGCGCACAGGCAAUCCGGCUGUGCCUGGACUGGUGACCUCGAUUCCCAUGCAGCCUCCCGCCCCCGCCUACAACGUGUCUGCUGGCGGCGGCAUGUCUGCGCGUGCGGAUCGUCGCACUAAGAAUCAUGCUGCCGAGCAACGGCGCCUUCGUGAUGACGAGAAUACAUCGUCCGAGUCGGAGAGCUCCGGUGACGAACGCAACCAAGAUGCGCGUUACGACUAUCAUCGCGACGAACAAGACCGUCGACGGGAGCCGAAGCGCAUCGAAUAUGAACGCCAGCGCUCCAAGUCGCGACGUCGUCGAUCCGUCGUGAUUGAAGAUCCUCGUCCUGUUGCGAAGAAGUCAUACACCACAUCCGUCGUCCCUACCCGGCAAUCGAGUCGCCGGGACUCCAUUUCGCGACCGGACUUGAACCAUCGCACGACGUCCGAUCCCUUGGUCGAAUACGUAUCGUCGCCGGACACCUAUGAGUCUAGUCACCCGUCGAAGGCCGUGCUCGAUCGUCGCGAGCGCGAUCGCAGAGAUGCCGCCUCCGCCAAACGGCACAGCCGCCGCAUGUCGGUGUCGACCACCGCGGACUCGUACGACACGCCGCCCACCUCCAUCUCCAACGGUUCGGGCUACGUGGAGGCCAUCAUCGAAGACAGGGGUGGCAGUCGGAGAGUAUAUCUCUCGCGAGAGCAAUACGCAGAACUGACGCGAAGGUACGAGAGAGAAGAUCGCGAGGCAGAACGCGACCGACUGGAAGCGCAGCGCAUGCAUCUCGAACGCAUCGAGAGGUACCAAAAGGAGCAGGCCGCAGGCGUGGAGCGACAGAAUCUGACCGCCACGAAUAUCAAGGAAGCCGCUCGGACCACCACCAAGUCGCAUGUCUCCAGCCGCAGUCAAAAGACCACCACUUCGGGCUCCAGGCUAUCUCGUGGCGGACUGACUCUCGAGAGAAACGGCACCAUGUUGUACCUCGAAGAAGGCAUUCCGGAAAUCUCUCUCAAACUCGAUGAUGAUGGUCACACUCGAGUGGUCAUUGGAUCCGGCACCAAUGGACGCGAGCAGUCAUACCACGGCAGCAAAUCGAGCGGAAGCCGUGUUGGCCGGCCGAGAACUUCUCGUCAGCAUUCGAUUCGCGAGGAGGAGCAAUACGAGAGGGGCCUGUAAAUCUACCCUCCAGUCCUCUCUCUGUCUCUGUCACACACACACACACACACACACCAAGCCAUCAUCCUCGCGGGAUGAUGGCGCACCAUCCGCAUGUCUGCUCCACCAUGAGCGAGGGUCACUGCGCACGAUUUUCACACUGCAUCUGUUUCCCAUCGACUUUCCAGCGAUCUAGCGAUUGACGUAAUUUUGAGCGACAUAGCGACAUGUUUCAAUUUGGGAUUAGCCAUGGCGCACCGAGAAGCGCAUCCUCCAGUUUUUCUUUCACACCUUGCUCAGACGCUUGUUCGGGACUGGACGGGACUGAACCGAAAUCGCAUCGCACACUGGGUGGCUCAUAUGAUUGCUUACUGGCACCUUGACAUCUGCUUCCUCUUCGACGACCGAGCGACUGACCGACCGCUGGGCGGGCCGGCAGCCAGGCAGGCAGAAAAAAAGUCUAUUUUUCAAAAGUACAAUAUGAUUCUAACAAGGGGCAAGGCCAGUAUGUUAUUCGUUUCAUCGAGCACUUUUUUCUCUCCCUCUCCCCUCUUGGGGACCUGCAGGGAUGGAAUGAAUGGAAGAAAAGGGAGAGGAGCAUCUUGAAGAGGAGGAAGUAGAGGAAGUGGAAGGGGAAGAAGGGGAAGAAACAGCAGGGUGGAUGGGUUGAUGAGCAUGAUGGAUAACGACUCUCUUAUGUCGUUUUUUUGUGUUUUGCUUUCAUGUUAGCGAUACCCCCUUUGUCUUCUUCGUCGUCAUCAUCAUUGCACUGAUUGGGUUUUGUUGGUUUGCGAGCGUGGAGCGUUCUUGUUUGGCAUGAAUGGAUGGAAUGGAGGAAAUGGAUGAACUGGGACGGGGAAAGGGGUGAAGGAACGAAUGGUCCCGCUGAUGCUUUUAGCCAUGCGAGCGAGCAACAAUGCAAGCAUCGUGGGCGAAUAUUGCAUUGCGUAGCAAUGCCUUUUGGAAGUAAAAAAGGGGGGAAAAAGGGGGAACCAAAGGGCAUACGUGUGUCUGCUGUUGCUACGACAAGGAAAGUAAUAAUGGCUACAGAUGCGGAACUUCGCGACUGUACGAUGGGAUGGGAUGGAAAGGGAAUGGGGAAUGGAAUGAAAUGAAGCAUGAGUUGGCGACUCUGGGAAGUCGAUGAUAGGUAGCAAGUAGGAUAGCUAGACAGACCAGACAAGACAAGACGACGAUACUAC